AUGGAGAAGACUCUCUGGCGUCCACUGUUCGCCAUAUUCCUAUCGGCCUUGACAAUAGCCCUGGCCCAGAAUGCCCAAGUUAAAGUAACACUUCAAGAAACCUUCCGCACCGUCGCUCCUCCAAACGAUGCCUUCGCACACGAUGCCAACCAUGUAAACAUCGUCUCGACAGUUCUCCUUGGCCUCUGCCUGACCUUCGUUCUGAUCUCUCUCCGGGAAAGCAAACGCUGGUCCUCGGCAGUCCCGAUAGCGCUGACCCUCGGCGCGGCGACCUGCGUCCUCCCUGAGGCAGUGGAUAACUACCUCGCCAACUGCUACUGGGCCUAG